GGAGAAGGAAGAAGAGGGUAGCGGUGGCCUAGGGAAGCAGUCGUUGUAGCUAGCCGGAGAGGCAGUACUGAACUGGAUGUCUGGAACCACCGUCGAAGCCCGCAUGCAACUGGCGACAAGGACAGGGUCGGCGGGGCGCAGAGGGAGGGUCGGCGCGGCAGAGAUAGAGGGUCGGCGCGGUAGAGAGGGAUACUUGGGCGGCGACAGGCUCGUCGGUCGUCCAGUCGCCGAACUGCUGGAGAAGACGAAGGGUAGGCGGCCGGCGCGUUCUCCUAUUCACGGAGCUGUCGACCACGAGCAGGCGGUCGGCGAGACGCCGACUCGCUGCUCGCUGGACUGCGCUGGAGACUGGAGAUCGAUCGGUGACGGGCCUCUCCGUCACGAGCAGGCAGACUGCAGGGCAGGCGCUAGGCAGCGGCGAUCUGAUUCUGGUAUGGAGAAAAGAGGCGGCAGAGAGGCUUGGAGCUUGGAGGUCGAAGGCCGAAGAGAAAGAAUCAAUUAGGGUUAGCAGUUAGUACAGUCAUUUCGUCGAUUAAAUUUUUUUUUCAAUU